GGCUUGGAGAUUCCGGGCCCUGGUUUCUGCUUCGAUGCGAGCUCUUUCCUCUGCCGCCUGGGCCGCCAAUUCUUCUAAUCUUCGGAGACGCGGUAGGUAUCUCCUGCUAACUCUAGGAAGAUUUCGCUGGUUCUCCAUGGCUGGUACUUUUGUCGGAAGUGGUCUGGUCUUGCUGAUAUUUGCAGCGUUUUGCAACUUCUUGACUGUGGUCAGUGUGGUGGAUGGUGGUAUCGAAGGCCGGAAUGUGUCGAGAUCGAAAUGUCUCUGUGGCCGCUGGAGUAUCUCUGAAAUGUUCACUGAAUUCAGUGAUAAUAUCAGAUGAAAUCGUUGAGUUGGCAACAAUGGAGCGGGUUAAGGAUUUUUAAGGCGAUAGCUGUGGUUGGCAGCUCAGUUGAAUCGUGAUUGUGCCAUUGUUCUGGUUUUGGGCGAAAAAGCGCAUUGUCCUUGAAAGGGGGACAAAGCUGUUUCUCUGAAUAGCAUUCGGAAGGCACUCUGUCCGUACUGUUGCAAGCCUACUAUUCAACCCUUUGCUCACUCCAACUGAGCGCCCGGCGUAACUGAACUCGACCAUCGUUCCAAGAUUGAGAAUGACUAGAGAUCAGAGUGCCUAAACCGAAUUAGUAGAAGUGAUGGCAAUGUCUUCAAUCUGGGCCAUUGAGUUUUGUAUCUCAGACUGUACCUACUUAGCAG